AUAGCACCAUAUUGCAAAACGCAUCGUUGCAGGCUAUAUAACCGCACCAACCAAAAGGCAUUGCCAUACUUUUCGAAACCAUCUAGCUUCAACUCUGUAUUAACCAGAGAGGCUGAAACUCGGCCUCCGCCUGCCGCUCAACUCCAAUUGCUCCUCCCUUCUCCCCGCACCGAAUUCAACCGCACCUUCAAACAGCUAUAUAUACUCUUCGCUUAAAAUACGUUAUGGAAAACCUUACAAUUUCGGAAAUGCCCCCUCAGGAGGCCCGCGGCAUGCCUCAACCGCCAGCUCAGCUGCCCCCGCAGAUGUUUACGACUGCCGCACAGCUUCUCGAUCUGACAGAUAAAAAGUUGAUGGUUGUAUUACGCGAUGGCCGCAAGUUGGUCGGUGUGCUUAGAAGUUGGGAUCAGUUUGCAAACAUUGUUCUUCAGUCGACAACAGAGCGUAUAUUUGCUCCUUCCUCGUCACCCACAUCGCCUGGACUUUACGCGGACGUCCACCACGGCAUCUUCCUAGUCCGUGGUGAGAAUGUUGUUGUCCUGGGUGAAAUCGAUCUCGAUAAGGACGACCUUCCCCCACCUGGUUAUGAGCUUGGCGAGCUGGAGGCUGUCAAGAAGAUCGCUGAUCAACGAAAGAAUGUGGAAAAGGUCAAGGAGAAGAACAGGCUCAAGAAGCUCGCUGGGUUGGGCUUCGAAGGCGACGUUGUUGGAGAUGCAGUCAUUUAACGGCCUCGGCGCUCUUGUUAUGGACCAAAAAAAAGCGUGUCGUCUUUAUCGUUAUGUUUUUUAUUUAUGAAAUUUAUGAAACGCUAUGAGCGCUUCACGGCUCUGUCUGGCAGAAUAUUGUGAAAUGCCGAGAGUCGAGCCCAGCUGCUGCAGAAGGCGGCAGUGGGCAGGGAUAUCGGAUGCGCGGGAACGAACAUGCAUGGAGGUAGAUGCAGCGGUAUUAAUAAAGCUACAAAAUGACGUUCUC